AUGUCUGCAACUGAAAGCUCUCCAUCGUGCGCCCAAAUCUGUUUGGCCGUCUUUGUGACUGCUCUUUUACUCAUGCCUUUUCCUGUUAUAAUUGGGCUCCAGAUUCGGACCAGAAAUAGAAUGUCGGAGUACAAAUGCCCUGACUUCACCAUGAGCGGUGCUUAUCUCAGCGAAUUCAAUUACACCGAAAGCAAUCGUACUCUCUCAUACAACCUCGCCCUCAACAUCACUCUCACAAACCCUAAGAAGAAACUCUUCCACGCGUUGAUUGACAUCAAAGUCGGUGCAUACUAUCAAGACAAGAGAAUUGGUCAGGUAACGUUGAUGGAUCAGUGGAUGUCGACGCCCAAGAACACAAACGUUUUUCAGAAUGUAGUCGUUCAAGGGCACGAUAUGUUGUUUCAGGAAUCUGUGACCCCUGCAGCUGAUCUUUACAGUAUCGACGUGGUCAUUGCUUUCCAGGACGAGAACAAUGAUCGACGGGGUGAGGUCAUUUACAAUCUAAGGCUUCCUUUGAGUUCCAACGGGAGAUCUUGGGAUGCCGACAAGACUGCAAACUGCCCCAUAUAUGAUUAA